AUGUCCAACAGCAACACUGCCCUCCGAUCAAACCAUCCGACAAUGUACAUGCACCCCGGCCAUUUCGGCUCGAGCAGCGCGUCGCCGACACCUUUUAAGUUAGACGUGUUCAACAAAGCCUCGACGGCUGCGAACGCACAUGUAUAUGGAACCUCGCCAACAGCAGAGCGACAUCCACUAGAUCGAAAUGGCGCUAUGCCAGUCCUUGCCGCCAGUUCAUCAGAUCCCGCAGGGUUUGAUGCGGCUCCCUCGAUCAUAAUCCGCAAGCUAUCGAAGAACACAACCAUAGAGGAUAUCACAACCAUGUUGACAUUCGUUGACGGCCUCAUUGACGUGCAAUGGUUGCCUUCGGACGAAGCCAACUUCAAAGCUGCGUCUGUUCGUCUGCAGACGAGGACAAACGCUAUUCAGGCCAUACAAUCGCUGAACGGCAAGCCGAACAUGUCCAAGGACGCAAGCUUGAUCGUGGAAAUCUACGACUCUUCUGCCAUGUCAUUUGGGGAUCAACGGCGCAACACGAUCGACGGGACUGCUGCGCGAACACAGACAAGCUCCACGUCCUCCAAUAACUCCAAUGGUCCCUUUUCAUUGGGCAGGUCACGAUUUGGGAGUACGUUUCAGUCAGUGGACAAGCACUCUCCGCCUCUCGUGACUCCAGGCUCCGGUGGCAAUAACGACUACUCAUACUCAGAGCACGGUACUCGCAUGCAGUCGUUCUUCUCGCCCCAACCGAUACUGACCAAUGGACACCGCGUCUCCGGUAAAUCGAUGAUCAACGACGACACCGCCGACGAGGAGACACGCGRGUUACUUGAGGAUCCGCUUAGGUAUGCCAAAAGUGGCCAGCAACCCUCAUCCCGCAGGUCGACCAACCCCCAAGUUUUGGCCCACCGCAUGACAAGCCUCUCGCUAGGCUCGGCAAAUUCAAUGCAGUUCGAAGCUACCUCACCAAAUGGUUUCGCGACUCCUCGCGGCAACGGCUUGAUGCAGCAUGCCUCAUCUCACCAGAUGCCCUCUGGAAGUUUCUCCAACGCUGCUACAAAUGGCUCGUAUAUGCAAAGCUUUCCACAGCCGCAAUACCCUCCGGUCAAUCCUGCAGACCAGAACCCUCCUUGCAAUACGUUGUAUGUCGGGAACCUGCCUAUCAAUACCUCGGAAGACGAGCUCAAGGCUUUGUUCAUCAAGCAGCGCGGGUACAAGCGCUUGUGCUUCCGAACCAAGCAGAAUGGUCCCAUGUGUUUUGUCGAAUUUGACGACAUCUCUUUCGCAACCAAGGCCCUCAACGAUCUUUAUGGCCACCCGUUGCACAACAGCGUCAAGGGUGGCAUCCGUCUCAGCUUUUCGAAGAACCCUCUCGGAGUCCGUGCCGGCCAGCCAAAUGGUUUGGGGCUCGGUGCCGCCAUGUCACCCCAGGCUAUGUCAGCCGGCUAUGCGGGCCCGAUGAAUGGUUUCAGCUCUGUUUCUGGGCCUCCGCCGGGUCUUUCCCAGCCGCCUGGUCUAUUAAACGGUGCGAACUACCGUGCAACUCCCACCACUGGUGUAGAUGGCAUGUUUUCUCCACCUUACGCUGUGCACCCACCCGAAUUCAACAAUCAGCUCAGCCGCAAUGCAUACUCGGGUGGGAUUCCGCCUAACAUGCCGGGAGUUUACGGACGGGAAAGCCGGAACAAUAGCUAUUCAGAAUUUCCGCCACGGAGGUGA